AUGUGCAGAACACGCCCGGAGCCUCUUGAGGGGGCCCCUGGCACUCGCCAACUUUCUAAGGGAAACCAUCCUAAGGGAUGUGCAGGACACGCUCGGAGCCUCUUAAUGGGGGCCCUGGCACUUGGCAACUUCCUAAGGGAAACCAUCCUAAGGGAUGUGCAGAACACGCCUGGAGCCUCUUAA